GAUCAUUCAAGCCAUCUAACUCCUGUCAGUCACUUACAUUACCAGUUGUGGCAAGUCAUCUCAGUUAGCAUAUCAUUAUUAUAUUUAUUGAACAUGCCUCAAGGAGACGCGAAUUCUCUUCAAGUUUACGGACAAUCUCAAUACCGGUAUGGCAACUUUCACAGAGCACUUGCUGCAUUUAGCCAGGUAAAACCAGGCAUUGAAAAUUGGGGGAGGUGACACCGUUGGUAUUUUGGACAAUAGAGCUGCAACUCACUGCAAAUUAAAGGCGCCUAAUGCGGGCCUUCAGGAUGGCAGACGGAUGAUCGAGGAGAAUAAAACUGACUCCCGGGGAUAUUUACGUACUGCCAAAAUUCUCCAGUUGAUGGAUAAACAUGAGAGAGCGCUCCAGACUUACCAUUAUGCCCUUCGUAUAUUACCAUCAGAUGACGCUGGCCGUCAGCAAAUCAAAAAAUUAGCGGCAAAGUUAGAAAAACGAUUUAAGCAGCCCAUAGAUUAUUUUGCUCUCUUACCAUUUGAGCUAAUGUCCAUGAUAUUAGAAUAUUUGGAUCUAAAGUCCCUCCUUUCAGCACUCCGGGUUUCUAAGCAUUGGAAUAUGGUGUUAAAUUCGCUCCCCAAGUUAUGGACCCAUCUUGACCUCUCAAAAGCCAACCGACCCAUCUCUCUCAAAUCAAUUCAGGUGUUCUUACGCAGAUCACACUGGAGAUUGACUCGCGCCUCAAUAGCCAAUCUUCAAUCAGUCGAUUUUCCUAAGCUUAUGGCCGGGUUACAAAAGAUUCCUUCUUUAGAACACCUGGAGCUUCUACCAGGCUUCUACCCGAAAUUCGAAUUUGCGCCAGUUUACACUCUCACUAGUCUAAGAACCUUAGUCUGUUCAGCAACAUCCGAGAUGACAUUCUCUGAUUUCAUGAAGGUUUUAUCGGAUUGUCCGUUGCUUGAACGGGUCGAGGUUCAUAUCAAGCCUGCGCCGCCUAGUGACUACGAAGUGUUUCCUGCUAAACUUCCCAAUCUGCGGUCACUAAUCGUCCUUGGAUGCCGUCACUAUAGACAUCCACAUGAUGUUUCCCCACUAGAUCUACCAUUUCUAAGAAAUGCCACUCUAUUCGAUAUAACCCCGAAUCUUGAAGAGUUAUACCUCAUCCACAGAUCAUGUUCUACAACCUUGAGGAUGAGUGACGUACCAAAAAUUUCGAACCUGCCAAAACUCAAGCGUCUCGGGCUUCUAGGCAUAAAAUUCAACAAUUACCCUAAACUACCCGAAUCUAUUGAACACCUCUCAUUAUCCAUGAGCGAGUAUGACCCCCCAAUCAUCCUACCAAGCAAUACCAUAUCAGCGAUGACACCGAAUUUAAAAAGCCUAAUUCUCCAGCGCUUCCAAUACGAUGAAUUGGGUACAUUUCUUAUUGCUCUCACUCAAUCGAAACCGUCCCUCACAAACCUUGAUCUCGAGGGAUGCCACCUACAUGUAGAAGACCUACUGAUAGCGAUGAUGCAAGGCAACCUAGAGAAUCUCAUGUCUCUAAACAUCAGUGGCCUGGCAGAAAUCGAUGACAAGAUUAUCACAAACAUAAUCGACAUGGUCCCUAAUAUCAAGGAACUGGACAUUUCCCGGACACAGGUGAAAGAACACAGCGUGAAACGGCUCCUGGAUUGCGAUAAGUUGAAACUUGAAAAGCUUGUCAUUCACAAGAUGGAGACGCCAUUUAGUAGGGAUUUCAUUGACUAUGCCAGGAGCAAAGGGGUUGAGAUUCCACCACCUAUAAAUCUGGAAGGGCGAAAACGGGUUCCUAUCCCUCCAGCCUCACCGCGUAGAUAAUAGGACGAAAUCUUACAUACACCCCCGCCUUCAUUCCUUUUUGGUCUAUUCUAGGAGAUACGCGUGGUUGAACUUGGGCUUGUUAACUGCAUGACCUGCCAGAACUUGAAAUCACUUUCCCAAGCAUGCUGCGAUUCACCUUUCAAGAACUUAUCUUGAACGCCCUCCUUUUGGAAAGUGAAAAUGCUGGUCGGCCGGCGCUCUGCAAGAAGCUAAGGUAGCUAUGAAAGGGCUUGUUGCCAUGUGGCCCAAACGACGAACACUGCGAAAGAGAACUCGUAUUCCCAUGUUCGGCCUUUUAUCCUCUCUUUAAGUAUAUCUACCUCGUUCAUACAAUUAUCCUCUAGCCAAGGAGAGCAAAUAUACGGCAAAAGAAGGCCCACUCAUAGUUGGAUUGCAUUUCUUGAAAGCUAAGUUCAACGAAAAGGGGAAACCAAAACCUAGUUAUUGAAAUACCGAAUGCCGAUCGAACGAUAUAUCACCCGACAUUACCAGUAACACAUUUCCAAGCCACAAAUAGGCGCAAGAAUGGGUGUUUUAAGACAUAGAAAUUAUCCCAUAUAUAAUUCAUACACCGCGCUCCUGGCACCAUCUAGCGACCUCUCUGUCUAGCUUAUUCUUUUGAUCACGCACAAGCGUCAUCAUCUCUUCUGUCUGAGCUCGAUAGUAGUAGAAGGACUCCAGCUUCUCGACCUUCUUCUGCUCAGAGGGAGCCGCUCCGUUCUGGGCACCGUUCGUGCCGACGACAGUAGGGAGAUCCUUGCUGGUAAAUGGAGCGACAUACUUGUCGUGAAUUGAGAUCAUGAGAUCCAGUACCGCGAAAAGUUGGUUAGGAAGCCACUGCAAUUGAUGGUGUUAGUUUCAGUCACGACGUACGUCAUAACUGAAUGUCUAGGUUAUUGCGACAGGAUUGGAAACGGAAAGAGGGAGCGCGUUGAUAUAUAUGAUUCGUCAGAGGUUCAUGCGAUAACAAUUACUUCACGUACCGUGAUAAUUGGGCUUCCGCCAGUUGCUGUUGGAUAUGGCGUUCGCUUAAUGAUGUACUCUCGCGUCAACAGCCAAUGCCUCCAUCUGAAACUCCGGACAUGGUCCAGGGCUUUCAGGUACAAUAGUACUGUUUCCGCGUCUUGGACGGCAAAUUCUUGAACGCCAACCUCCUCUGCCUUGGAUGCCACAUGUGCCAAAAAUUGACGGUGUGGAAGCGGACGGUAGGCGCGGAAUUCAUGUAGAAUUGUCGUCAAUGGUGUAGAUGGCAUUUGAAUUUGGAGAAGGUGGUCAAGUAGCGGAAUCUGCAUGAAGGGCAACUCAGCUAUAAAAUACCCAGAGCAUUAAGUGGAAUCAAGGGAUCUUUACCAUGCUAUCGUUAGCGCCACUCUCUCCACGGAAGUUUAGCGGCUUGUUAUCUAAGACGCCUUCAUAGACGACGCCAUUUGGAAACAUUGCCUGAGAUGUGAUACCAAAGAUAAAUACGCGGAACGAGAGGUAAUCACUAGGCUUGGAGUUCUUCCACAUAUCUAUUUAGAGGGUUAUGAAUGAAUGCUUUGCUUCAUCGAGUGGGAGCAAUACAACUUACCUUCCAUACAAGCUUCAACUUUCGCCAUCCCCUUGAGAAUUUCCCUGAAGGCGUCAUUAACUUCUUCCCGAGACGAGGGUUCUUUACUUUCCUCCAGCUUGUUGAGUAUGCGGACAGCGCCACUGACUAAGGCAGCUGACUCCUUUACCAUAUCAACAUGGGUCAGAAUGAAUCCCGCUUCGGAGCUUUUGGGAUCAAGUCCACGCUCAAAAGCACGAAUGAGCCUAAGAUUAGAGUACUCUAACCCCAGUGAGGGAUCAGCAGUGGUAUAGUUAAACAACGCAUAAGAAGCUGCGUACGACAUGAAGGGCGGUACGUCGAGGCUUGCAAGAGACAGCGUUAGUAAUAAUAAACAAAAUAUGGAGAAUGUCAGAGUUACAACCUACAUCUCGGAGCAUCGAUAAAGAGGUCGUGCGAUACACUUCGGCAAAGUAUCCCGGCCAAGCCCAUAACCGCCAGCAGGGUCUUUGGACCAUUUCUCAUAGCACGGUUCUAGUAAGUAAGCAGAGCAGACGAAUGUAUAAUCCCUGAAUACAGCUGUGAUCAUAAAUCUAUCCGGUUUACCAUCCUCUGUGAGGAGCUUAUCCACCUCAUCAGUAAGGUCAGGAAGCUCAGCAAGGACAGCUGGGCCAAGCUCAUAAGUAGCUAGGAGGCCAGGUGACCCGUCUGCCUUGACGACAGGCAGGCGAGAAGUCAAAGAGUCCAAUGCCUUGAAAGCAUCAGGCAAGGUUACAGGAGGAAGCUCGAAAGGCAAGAACCCCGAUGAGGUGGUGAUGGUAAAGGGGUCGAUGUCUCUCGAGAGCUUGUCAGGGGUGUCGAAUAGGUGGGGGAAGUGUUCCAAGGUAGAACAAGGUGCUUCAGACUUCUUCAUGGUUACUUCAGAUGAUAGUUGGCAAUAUAUCUUGUCGAUCAAUUGUGACAAGGUGUACUUGGGGGUGGAGGUGAAAAGGGGGAAUGAAUAUAUGGAACCAAAGUACUUGAAAGUAUAAUAGACAGAGUCUAACUUAAAAGGGAAAUUUAAUUGAUCAACAACAGAAAAUAAGCAGAGAAAAGGGAACAAUGGAACGAAAAGGUGCUUUCUUGAGGAACAGAAAGACAGUCAAAACUGCGGGAGAUGGUGGCGGAUUAUAUACUUCAUGAGGCCGGAAUUGAUACCGGCCUCGCGAACCACUAUUACGAAACGGAUAAAGAAGAAACGGGGAUCUAAGCAGCAG